CGUCGUUAGUGGUCGUUAGUGUCGUCGUUAGCAAGUAUUUCGUAGAACUUUGUAGAGCAGAUGUUAAUCGUUGUGUCUCUUGAAUUUUCGUGAUAAAUUCUGUAUAUCUGUCAUUUCUGACGCGAGUAUUUUUUUAUUUUGUUUCGUGGGAGCAUUUUUCUAAAGAUACGAUGAAAUCCAUGAAAUAAAUGUGUCUAGCUUACGUGUUACGUCGUGUUACAUUAGCAACGAAUGUGAUCUUAUUAGCGUAGAUUAAGUAUGUUACAAGAGGGACAUUUUUAAUAACUGGGUAGUUUGUUUCAUGCGUACAAAAGUUGUACAUAUUUAAAUAGGUUUACACGAUGGCGUGGUUGAAAGAUUUGGCUGGGAAAGCGGAAGAUUUUCUAAACCAGAUUGAUCAAAAUGCUGCUGUUGCACUGCAUAAGGAAAGAAAAGAAAAUACAAGCGAGACCUUGUUGACAGAAGUUACUUGGGAUGGACAACAGUCUAAAGAGAAAGUUACAAGUAGACCUGUGAGGCUCACCCCUCCACCAACAGCGACAACCACCAAUGGCAACAAUCUUCGUUCCAUCAGGUCAUCUCCAAGCCUUGUGGGUCGCAGUCCAGUUAGGCAGCCCAAAACAAGCAGUGAUGAUGAACUGAUCAAGUUUCUGAAUAGUUCCAAACAACCAGUCAGCAGUAUUUUAGAAGAGCAGCAGCAGCAGAAAUCUCUCAGAAGAUUACCAGAACUGAAUGGCCAUGGAGAUGCUGUGUUGGAGGAGAGGAAGUUCUCUCCCAUCGUGGUUGAGCCUGAGAGUGGACAAAGGGCCCAGCAGAGCUCCCUGCCAACGUCAAGACGGGGCUCACCAAGGCAAGAAACAGUUGAAGUGGCCAUGACUCCCUCUUCUACUGAGAAGACGCCCGCUGCACUUGGUAACCAGACUCCAGUUCCGUCUGCAGCGGACAAUUCCAUCGAGGAACUCAGGAUUGAGAAUGGCUUUCUGAAGAAUGAGUUGAGGAGCCUGAAUAAUGAAAUGUCUCUGCUGUUACAUCGCUCUAAAGAUAAUAAUAGUUUGCAUCAGCAGUUGGCAACACUGCAGAUUAACCAGAAAGAGGUGCUGCAGUCACUGAAGGAACGAGAGGAACGGGUAGCUGUAUUGGAGAGGGAGCUACAAGACGUUAGACAGCAGACGGUUGCAGCCCAGGACCUGGCGCAGGGACUCCAGCUCGAGAAUGCUCAGCUUCUGCAGGACUGCACGAGCUCCAGUGGCUACCAGAGCCAAGCCCUGCAGGAACUGCAGGACCAGCUUGCAGAGAAGGAGCAGCAGCUGGAAGCAGUACAGGCAGCCCACCGCAAGGAGCUGGCGGCACUGCAGGAGAGGGUGUCCAGCCUGGAGGUGGAGCGAGCAGGUUUUGCUGACCAGCUCAGCCAGAGCAAGACGGCAGCUCGUGACAUGCAGCAGCAGUGGGAUCGAACUCGUGCAGAGCUGACCUACUCCCGCAGCGAGCUUGACCAGUACAGGGUCCGGGCACAGCGCAUUCUGCAGGAUAAAGAGCGACUUAUAACAGAACUACGAGGACAAGGUUCAGCAGGGCGAAGCACCCCAGCAGAUGACACAGUGGAGUUGGAGCUGGAUCAGUUGCGACAAGAGCGGGAGCUUCUACGUGAAGAGAUUGCACAAGUGUCGGCUAGACUUAAAGCGAGUCGGGAUGAGCUUCAGGAGACGGAGUGUCGGUUGGAGAGCGGGCGGGAGCAAGCUGGCCAAUCCCUGCAGUUACUGCAGGACAGCCUGCAGGAAGAACGCAGGAAGAGGCAGACAGCAGAGGAGGACUGCAGGGCACAUGCUGAGGAAUUUCGCUCAGUGAGGGAUGAAUUGUUGAGGCAGAAGGCACAACUAGCAUCAAGAGUACGAGAACGUGAGACUGAGCUCACCAAACUGAGAAGCCAGUUGUCCCAGCGCCCUUCCUCUCUGGCUGGUGAUGAACUGGAGUCUCGUCUACAUGCACUAACACAGACGUUAGUCGUAAAGCAGAGCUCACUGGAGACGGUGACCACUGAGAAGAAUGCUCUCCGCCUGCAGCUUGAGAAGAUCGAGAACAAACAUCGUGACACGCUGGCUUUGCUACAUCAGAUGCAGAGUGGGCUAGGAAAUGUCAAUGACACGGAUGAUGCCAAGGCCAGAGUUCCAAGCUUCCUGAUGGAGUCUCCUUUUGAUACGGGUGUCACACGCCGAGUGAAGCGUGCAUACUCAUCUCUUGAUGCUGUCAGCAUCCGCACAGGCGUGUUCCUGCGACGUUACCCACUGGCACGGAUUCUUGUUCUCUGUUAUAUGGUGCUUCUCCAUCUGUGGGUCAUGGUGGUACUCUUCUCCUACACCCCUUCGGGGCAUGUAUGAUAGCAGCUGCCAUUAUGAUUGUUAUCAUAAAUCACUCGCUACAGCUUCUCACUGUCCGCCCUGUGUGUCUGUAUGUGUCCGUUGGUGCCAGUUGUCUGCUCCUCACCGACAGCCACGUAGAUUGGUAGAAGGGGGCAACUGGUCUGCUUUUGCUAAAGACAUGCAGAAUCAUUGCUGACUGCAGUGAGUAUUUGUGUUUAGAGUGACAACACGAGAACUAGCAGCCGAGGAUGGAAUGGCAGCCUGUCAUACGAUUGGCACCUUCUGAUGUCUGAGAAGGUUUGUCACACUAGAGUACACUGAUAUUCUUACUGGAGCAGAGAUGUUGCUCAAGGUACAGUAAACUUGUUCCCCCACCCCAUAUGAUAACAGUAUUUUGUAAUUUGCGAUAUAUCUCCUUUCCGUCCCCUCCCCUCCUACAAAUCACAUAGCUUGUGGAGAAGCUGGAAUUAACCCUUUUCUGCUACCAAUAGGUAUUUUAAAUCUGGUUCUACAGGGUUGUUGGCAAUGUUGUAAUGAUAUUAGUGAUGGGCAGACACAACACCUGAUCAACUGGACUGCACAUACACAUGACUGGCCAUUACUAUCCUGGUACAGUCAGAAACAUGUAGGUCACAUCUGUGGUAUAUGUUACCUCUUGAGAAUUAUAUUUAGGCUGUUAAUGUAUUUCAGAGAUGUAAAUGGAUUCUCUAUGUUCUGAAAUUUGUAUGACACCAGCCAACUUGGUAUUGAAUAUAAAACGAGGCAAUGAACAGGUCAGAGCUAAAUGGGUCCAGUGCUGUCAUUGUCAUUUCCAUGCCUUAGACUGAGGAUGUGAUUGUAUUUGGCAGUCAUGAAAGUCACAUAAAUGAAAGUGUGUAUAUUCUGAAUAAUAAUAAUUAGACUUCAGACAGAAUGGGGCAUGUGGUAGCAUAGUUGGUUCAGCCACUAUUCUACAAG